GGUGGCUCCGGUGGAGCGGGCGGGGGAAGGGCCGAAGGACGCGGGGCCGGUCGGUAGAAGCUGCGGCCGCGCCGGUGCGUGACCGCGGGCGGCCGGGAUGGAUCACCACCAGCCUGCCAGCCGCUACCAAGUGCUUCACAAUGAGGAUGACCCCCCAGAGUCUUCAGCAGCUGAGCAGCCUUCCACAUCUACAGAGACUGCACAGACUUCCCAGACAACAGCCUUAUCUGAAGCAGAUACUUCCCCUCCACCUUACUGUAGCAUAGCUGUAGAAGCAGCUGCAACCUCAGAAACACACAAUGAAUUUUAUCCUGUACCACCUCCAUACAGCGUAGCUACCUCUCUUCCUACUUACGAUGAAGCAGAGAAGGCCAAAGCUGCAGCAAUGGCAGCUGCUGCAGCAGAAGUUGCCCAACGACACGCCCAGUUUAGGGAAUCUAGGAGUCUGUUUGAUGAAAUAUUCCUCAGUCGUCCAGAGGAAGAAGAGUAUCCACCACGGGAUGAUUUCAGUGAUGCAGAUCAGCUUAGAGUGGGCAAUGAUGGCAUCUUCAUGUUGGCAUUUUUCAUGGCAUUUAUUUUCAACUGGAUUGGAUUUUGUUUAUCCUUCUGUAUAACAAAUACCAUAGCUGGAAGGUAUGGUGCAAUCUGUGGAUUUGGUCUCUCCUUGAUCAAAUGGAUUCUCAUUGUACGGUUUUCAGAUUACUUUACUGGAUAUUUCAAUGGACAGUACUGGCUCUGGUGGAUAUUCCUUGUACUUGGACUCCUCCUGUUCUUCCGAGGCUUUGUUAAUUAUCUUAAAGUCAGAAAUAUGUCUGAAAGCAUGGCAGCUGCUCACAGAACAAGAUUUUUUUUCUUGUACUGAAGACUGCAUUGAACAGACAUUCCUUUCCUAUACCAGUGUGAAACUUCCAGAUGAUCUGUAACCCUCCAAGUUAAUAGAAUAGAAGACUACUAAAACCAGAAGACAAAUUAGUGAAGAUACGGCUUCAAAAGCACAUGACAAGAUGGUUUAUGCUCAAGUAUCAGUUCUGGUCAUUCUAAUAAAUAUUUAUAAUUGCUGCCAUUUGUUUUAGCACAUUUGUAUAUGUGCUUAUUAAAAAGAUAGUAUUGAAGUAAGAACAAACCAUCUGUUAUUAUAGAUUAGGUACAGUCAGACUUGGUUAAUCUAUGCUUGUUGUAUCUGGAUGAUUUAAGUGGUAAUUUGUUUCACAGCGUGUAUGUACCACUGACUUGUUGAUCUGAACUUUUGAGUACAAUGAAAUGCAUUAAAUAUUCAAGUUAACCAGUUCAGAUAGUUUUUUAUAUAAUUUAGAUUAAUGAUUCUGUAGAAGGUUUUUAAGUUUACUAAACCCUGAAGUUCCUUGCCACAAACUUGUAUUCACCAAUAUUUUAUCAAAUUCAAACCAAUAUACUGGUUUGCUUAAAACUGAUACUCUGCUCUGAGUCCCCUGUAAAUAACUCUGCAUAAAUGACUGAAUUGCUUCUUAGGAAAAAUGUCAAAAUAUAUUUUGUAACAGCAUAUUCUCUAAAUUUUGUUUAAUCUUAGAGCUACAUACAUAUUUUUUGUUAAUUGGCUAUUAAGGAUAUAGUUACUAUUAGAUGUAAUUUUGGAGGUAAAGGCAUUGAAUAGUUUGUCUCAUCCUAACUUUCCUCACAUGAAUUAUUAUUAACAAGUUGGGACUUGAGCCUGAAGGUCAUUAUUCACAUGCAUGAUCCCAUUAAAAUAUAAGAAUUUGUUCAUGUUAGCAGGAUGUACAGCCAUAGUCCUUUGUUAUGCAGUUGGUUCCUUGUAGGUGCAUCUUUGUUCCUGAAACCAGUAUUGCAAAUCUAUCUAACAGUGGGUUAUAACACUGGCUCUGUUUAAUAAGUCUUGAGUUCACUGUAAGUACAACAUCUACCCUGAGGGCUUCUCAAAAAAAACCAACCAAACAAAAAAACACGAAAACACACUCUUGUAGCUAUCUUACAAUGCUUGUUUAGAAUACUUUGCCAUUUCCUAAGAAUAAACUAAAUGUAAGGUAAUUUGGGAAAUAAUCUAUGAAGGAAAAAAAGCUCUGAAAGUAGAAAAUAUGUGUUGCACCUCUCCUAGUAUCCAUUUAAAGUAUACUAUUACUUUCCUAUAAAUAUCAUCUCUUUAAGAGGUACUGUCUACCAUUCAUGCAUGUGUGAUUUCCUUUAAAAGUUUGUGAAAUUUAUGCUUCUCCUUAAGUAGGGGAAUACAUCUCUCAGUCCUUUGUACAACUGGAAUCUCGGUUGCAAAAAUACAUUGGUUGUUGGUUGCACCUUUGAGGAAAAAAAUAUAAAUACUUUCCUCCAUUUUUUUCUUUUUAUAUUAGAAUUCUGCCUUUUUAUUACUAACAUUAAAAACAGUGAAGUUUGUUGUUUUAAGCUAGUGCUGUAUUCAGUUUUGUAUCUAUAAUGAAUGUUUAAAAUAUGCAUAUGUAAACUGGUCACAUUAUUCACUUUCUUGAUCUUUCAGAGAUACUGAAAGUGACUAACACUUUAGUGGCACCUCCACUUCCCAGCUUUUUAUGGAAAGAAUAAAAUUAAGUAUUAUGUUCAAUACCUGAUUGGGAUUUUCUAAAAUUAUCUGUUUGUUUCUGUGUUCUUUUGCAUCCAUUGUCCAUAUGAAAAAGAAGCAGAUAAUAAAACAGUGCUUUGUUUUGCUAA